AUGAUUAACAAACUCCGCUAUCUCUUGCUUCUCUUGCUGUUCGUUCUUAUUUUUGUUUUUCUUCCAAGCGUUUGGGCUGUUGAUGAUAAUUCUUCAGUGUACGAAGACAACGAUAAUCUUGUGUUCUUCGAUGGUCAUAAUGGCUUUACGUACCCUGAUGGCACAGGGUUGAUGCAAUUACAUAUUAAUGAUUCAUUGAAAUAUGAAAAUAAUUUGUAUAUUCGUCUGCUACAUCAAAAUGGGACGUUGACCAAAUUUACUGUACCAACAUACAAUUUUACGAACUACCAACCGCAUGCGUACCCGCUCAAUGACGGAUACAUGUUAGUAGCGCAGGCAAACGACGACAAAAUUAUGCAAGGAAUGUUAGUUGAUUGGAGUGGCCAGGUAUUACAAAGCGUGACGCUUACCGAUGGUCCUAUCGACACUAAUUCUAAACUAUAUGCAAAAACCAACGUCAAUCCAGACAAGGAUUUUCUUGUAGCAACAAAGGUUCUUGGUGAAGUUCAGUGGAAAAUUUUCAGUGCGCCCAAUAGCACGGGCCAAAUAACCCAACUGUACAAUGGCAGUAUCACGAGACAUGAUGGCAACGCCCUGUCCGAUUUCUCAAUUUUUCCCUCUACGGAAGGCGGUUAUGGCAUAGCCGUUUUAGAAAACAUACUUAACUAUGAAGAUCCACACACCUUCCACUCUAUUCCGCAAUGGUUUUUAUAUGUUGAAUUCUGGCAACCCGAAACGUUACAAUUCGACACGCCUCAUUCAAUCUGGCAGAGCCCCAACCCAACCUAUAACACAGCUGUAGUGGGGUGCGAAGUAGCUGCUGAUGGAACAGGAUAUUUUUGCAUUAUAGAGGUUCCUAGAAUUGAUGGUAACAGAACCACUAUCGGUAUUUGUGAUUACGUGAAAGUGGCAUUCCUGUCAAGUGGUUCUGUAACUGGUGUCAACGUGAUAUUGACUGAUAACUGGUUUGCUCAAGAGCAAAUGAAUGGAAUACGGCAGCUGCCUUAUGGCGGACUUUUGUUCCUAGACACGAUUAGGAUUGCCGAAGGAACGUACCAUAACGUGACUGUCAAAGCUAAUAAUGGGACAACUAUAGCAACCUUUGAGUUAGAUCCAACUGAUAAUUGGAGCAUGCCACAUAGUCAUUUCGGCGAUUAUGCCAUAUUUCCCAAUAACACCCUGUGGAUGGGAGAUCGCUAUGUGAAUCAGUCGUGGUUGAGCGAUUCAACGCUCGUCGUACACUAUCUACAGCUUCCCAAACUAUUGCCUGAAGAUGCUGGAUUCAACAAUCUUCUUGUAAAUUCAUCAAUUCCGCAAUUAGGCUCAUCAGUGUCUUUAGACACUACAAACAUUACACUGAUAUUCAGGGAUCAAAUCGUUCUUUCGACACAAAACAUUUCAAUUUAUCAAACGACAGACAAAAAUCCUAUUCUCAGGCAGAGUUUCAAUGCAAAAUCUGAUUUUAAUUUCUGUUCUGUUACGUUAGACGAUUCAGCUGUAACAUGCAAAAUAUUCAAGAGUACUUUCAACCAACCUGGUGCUACAUAUGAUGUUAUUGUGGAUAACAAUUUUGUAAUGAGUAAGAGUUUGGGACAACCACUUCCCGGAGUGACGAAAGGAAAUUGGGUGUACUAUGGAGCUUCAAGUGAAACCGACGGAAAAUAUAAAUAUACAGAAACCACGACGGGUCUUCUAAGGUUGACAUCAGCAACGUCAUCUGAACAAUUAUUUACUGAUGACAAGAACUCUUUCUUAGACGCCAUGGUUGCAAAGCUCGCUGAGCUCAUCCCCAUUGAUCCAUCACGUAUAACAACCAGCAGACGCAAUCAACCUGACCCUGAUGCACCAGAUCAGAUAUUGUUUCAAAUCACGCUCAAGUCAACUGAGGAUUUGUCUCAGAGAACAGUACAGCAGAUUAUUGAUGAUCUUGAUGAUUUAAUUAGGAAUAAAGCUUAUAAUGCAUUUUCACGGGAGUAUCCCACCAGUUAUCUUGAUGAAACUUAUGGGUUUUCACCUAUCGCCAAUUUGUGGGAAACUUACAAGGUUAAACUAAUCGGAUUAUUUGCUGGUCUCUUGAUAUUAUCAGUAAUAUACUUUUUCGCGAGACGGAAGUAUCCAGAGGGUCAAAGUUUUGUUGUCGUAAAGCUUACACUAAUACUUGUAGACCUGAGUCUUGAUAUAACAUUUGUACUUACAAAUGCAAGGAACGUCCCGCAAUUAUAUAUGCCAAGUAUAGCUUUCUUAAUAGCUCCUAUUGCCUUCAAUUCUGCCCUGGCAUUCUCGAUCUUAAUGGCUGAACUAAGUAAAAAUACUAAAUUUCAAGAAUGGUUCAGCCGGAAUGUAAGAAUAACUUCAAUAUUCACUCUACUAGCAAGUGCUGACAUUGAAGUUAUCACAUGUCUUGGAUCCAAGUUUGCUGGUUGGCAGAUGUUUUCUGCACCUCUGUCAAAGAAAGCAGUGAAUUAUGUUUUCUGGGGUAGUACAUUGAAUCUGUUUAUUGAAGAUAUUCCCCAAUUGGUUAUUCAGGUUCUGUAUAGAUAUCUAACAGUCUCAUAUGACAUUAUUCCAUUCCUGUCGUUGAUAAUGAGCUCUAUCGUCUUGACUUUUAAUAUUAUUGGACACGUCUAUGAUGGAUAUAUAAGAUGGAAAGAAAAGAAACUUGGUCACAUCAUACCAAAAGAAGAAAUAUGA